AUGCCAGCAGUUACCCCUAUAACAGAGGUUCCAUCGUAUAUCUCCCCCGAAGAGCAUCGGACACUCACGGCCUCCACUCCGGCCUCUUUCACCUCCAUCCCUCCCGUUCUUCGCCACACAGAAACCAAUGUCCGUGUCACCUUUGACCCUCCACUUAACCCCACAAUUUUUGGACCGGAUGAUGCCAGAGAGGGAACACUAUAUGUUAUUGAGAGCGCACUGGUCUUCAUGUCAACAACAGGAAAAGGGUUCCAAAUCACAUAUCCAUCCAUCACGCUCCACGCCAUCUUGCGUUCAGGAGAAGGACCAGCUUCAAUAUACUGUCAACUUGACGAAACGGACUAUAGCCAAACCCCAAUGACGAUAGCCGCAAACGGUGCAGGGGAAGGCGAGGAGGAAGUGACAGAGAUGCAGGAGAUGCGCGAGCUACACAUUAUCAGCUCAAAACCAGAGAACCUCGAACCUAUCUUCGAGUCUCUUUCAUACUGCGCCUCGUUACAUCCAGACCCCAACAUGUCAGAGGACGAAGACGAUUUCGGGAUGGGCGACGAGGCGUUCGUCGACACGGCCGGGUUCGAGACAUUCAACGGGACAGAUGGAGAGGAGUUGAGCGAAGUGGGCAGGGCGGCGCUAGAGCAUCUUGAAUCUAUCAUCUACGACCCGCACGAGCUGCUACAAGAGGAAGGCGAGAAUGGCACAGGAGAUGAAGUCGAAGCAUCAGAUAUCGCGAACGUGAAUGGAAACGCCACAGUCAAUGGGACGUCCCAUACGGUUGAGGAGGGUCAGUUCUCGGACCCGGAGGAACGCAACGCAACUGAACGGCCGUAA